AUGAAAUCUACAAUUGCAGAAUCUUCAUCAUUCCGAAUCGUUUCAAAAAAUACGCAAUUUCUCAAUGAUGCCACAAAAAUGUUAAACAGGACAUGUACCAUUAAAAAAAUACCAAAAAGACCAGAUGAUAAUGUAUAUCACAAGAUCAAUUUAAAUAGUAAACUCGAUAUUAAUAAACUCUCUGGAACAUUAGGAUGGUUUCUAGAAUUAAGGGAACCGAUAUACAUAGAGGGUACUAUUAUAAAGGGUCACGGUAGGGGUCUCCUACUCCUUGGGAUACCAACAGCGAAUCUAAAGUGUAUACACACAAUACACUUGUUUACGGGGGUAUAUUAUGGAAGAGCUUACCUAGAUGGAAAUUCAGAAGUUUCAGGAUCAGAUUGUUUGGAUACUAUUGUAUCUAUAGGAUUUAAUCCUCAUUUUGUUGACACAAACUACAUCAUUGAGGCAUACAUUUAUAAAGAGUUCAAGGAAACGUUAUUGGGUCAGACAAUCAAGUUAUACAUUCAAGGAUUUUUAAGGAGCGAUGGGAAAUAUCAGUCGUUGGCUGAACUCAUAAAGGUUAUGCAAACUGAUUUACACAUGCAUAAACUAAUCAUGGAUGCUCGAUAA